AUGGCUGAUGCUGGUCUGAUAUCCGCAUUUGUUGAAAGAUGGCACAGAGAGACCAGCUCAUUUCAUCUGCCAUUUGCAGAGAUGACUAUCACUUUAGGCGACGUCGUGACUCUCCUUCACAUCUCACCACAUGGUAAAUUUUUUGAUGCACCUGUGAAUAUGAACACUAAUAAUGCUGCAAGAGCUGAACAUGAGUACUUAGGUGCAACAUGGGAGGAAGCAUGUGCUGAGAUUAGUUAUAACAAAUGUGCCCAAUAUAGAUUGCAAUGGUUACGUGAUUUAUAUAGUCGUCUCAUUCAAACUAACCAGUUUGAGUGUGCGGCUAGAACGUAUCUGUUGCAUUUAGUUGGCUGCACUAUUUUUGCCGAUAAAACAAAUAUGCGUGUUGAGAGAUGGAGCUGUCCACGACACUCGACAGUUGGGAGGUUGACCCUACUACAGUGUUGGAUUUACGAGCACUUCCCUAGGAUCUAUAAGCGGGGUGAUAGAUGUGCAGUUCCUGCACAUCUUCCAAGAGCAUGUAGGUGGACUGCAAAACAUGCUGUUGAAGGUGGAUUAAUGACAUAUCGUCGGAGAUUUGAUGCAUUGUUGCUCGAGGAUGUAGUGUUUACACCAUAUGAUGAUGAUCGAGCUAAUCAUCCAUUUGUAUCGAUUUCGAUGUUUUUUGGAUAUAUUCGAUGUGGUGGAGUCUCAGUCCCAUAUUUGCCAGAGCGAUGUCUUCGACAGUUUGGUCGUAUUCAGUGCAUUCCGCGUGACAUUCCUCCGAUGCCGAACAAUAUAGAUUGGGUCUGGCAGACUACUAUGAGAUCAGCUGUAGAUGCCUUUCAGAGACUAUAUCAUGUUGCGACUUUUCCUGGAGAGGUCACUGCAGACUACUAUGCAUGGCAUAUUAGUGUUUCACAUCCUCUGAUUCUCCCUCCGUCCACUAUUGUACCUUCAAGUCCACAUACUAAUACUGCUGCACAUGUUGGUCCAUCAUCUUCUGCACAUGCUGCUACUGCACAUGCUGGUCCAUCAGAGCGAGACCGUAGAGCAACUGAGCUUGUACGUAGGGCCAUAAAUUUGGUAACUCCGUUUAGUGAAAUUCAUAUCAUAUUAAGUGAUUAA